AAUUGACCUAUGAUACCCCGUCUGCCGUUCGUUUUGACUUACCUAGGCAACACCCGGUUGUGUGGAUUCCGCAGCGAAUAAUAUCGGCGGCCAUCGCUGGUUUUUUAAACUUUUCAGCGUUGCGUUGUCCCGUUUUUUUAUUGUUUGCCCUCGCCCAUACGAAUCACUUCGCGUACAGUGUAUUUCCUCCUUCCCAAGCUUAUUAAUAUUGUUGCCGCGGGCGAUUUCCCGUCUUCUACGAUGGCAUCGUAAGAAAUUUCAAUUUCGAUUUUCUAGCUGUUUUUCUUGUCGUUUCUUUCUAUCCACUCCCUUCUCCUUCAAAUACAAUUUACUACUGCACCACUCGUGUUUGCAGCCCCUACAACCCACCAAGAUCGUGGGAUCUGUAUUUACGUUCUUUACACCCAUACCUCGAAUACGCAUAGCUCUACGCUACCACGUCGAUAACCAGACUCCAAAACAAGCAUUUAAAUACAUAAUCAAGUAGCAUUCAUCAAUUCGUCAAAAUGAGUGACCACGAAGAUCACUUCGACUCCGAGGAUGAAGCGGAGAUUGUCAACCCAAGCCGAGGAAUCAAGGCGAAUCCCAAGAUCAAGAUCCUCGUAGGCAAUUUCGAACGCGCCUUCAUUGUUUCGAUUAAAUCCCUAUUUGUCCUAUCGCCAAUCUUCGCAAAGCACGUAUUGCUCGGCCUACCGAAAAGAGACCGCGCAAUCCUCUGUCCAGAAAUGCACGACGAAGUUUUCGAGUGCUUUUGUGAAUUCGAACGCCUAGGCUACUAUAUCACCUUUCCCGGCCCCCUUGUGAAGAACCCAAAAGACAGACCCUUCGACGCGAAAGGAGACGCUAUCGCCGCUGUGAAGCAAAGGAUAUUCGCCAAACGCGUCCAGCAUGUGUACAGUAUCAAGGGAUGGACCUUAUUAGUAGCGAGACCAGAAGUUUUUCGCGACGAGACACUUCAAAAGUUCGCCAAAGGAAUCCUAGACCGUUAUCACAACGAAUUAUCCCAAUCUCCGUAUCCAACCGCCCUCGACGAACACGUCUUGUUUCUCCACGGCGACGUUUACGCCAUAGCCGCGAAAUACAAGAUCGAAAAGCUAAGAGUCUUGGCAAGGAAGAUGCUUUUGCGCGUCAUAUACGAAGCCCACCUUACUUACGAUUUUGUCGGUUCUUUCUCUCAAACCGUGGAAUACCUCCUCUGGGCAACACCGGUGGGAGAUGAGAUUCGGGGUGAGCUGAUACGCUUCUGUAUGCUCACCGGGUUCAUUUUCAGCCCACACCCACAAUUCCUACAUCUCUUGGACAAUAACGAGGAGGUCCGUAAGGCAGUUCUGGGAGGACCGCUAUACUACCAUUUUUCCGCUUCUUGCAGUUAGGGAAGUGACAUCUUGGUACGAGCUGUGGGCGGGUUAGGGUGGUCGUGGUCGCUUGAGACGAGUGGCUGUCACUAUAAAACCCAGCCAUACGAAGGGUCGGAUAUCAU